CCGCGGGUUCCCUCGUCCGCUCCGUGCGCUCGGGCUCCUCCGCGCUGGUCCGUUCGGUCCUCGCCGCCCGCUUCGGUAUCCGCGCCGUCCGCGUAGCCCGCUCGCUGGGGCCGCCCCGGGCCCGGGUCCGGCCCAGCGCUCUCCCGGGUCUCUGCGUCUCGCGAGAAGUCGUCGCCGCAGGCCUCCGUCCGGCUCCGGGGCGAAUGGGGGGCCGCCGAGUGAGGCCGGGGCGCCUGCGGCUGCUGCUGCGGCUGCUCGCCCUGCUCUCCUGGGCGCCAGGCGUGGGCGCCGCGGAGGAGACGCCCUCGCGCAUCCCUGCAGAUAAAUUAUUAGUCAUAACCGUAGCGACAAAAGAAAAUGAUGGAUUCCACCGAUUUAUGAAUUCAGCCAAGUAUUUCAAUUAUACUGUGAAGGUUCUUGGUCAAGGGCAAGAGUGGAGAGGUGGUGAUGGGAUUAACAGUAUUGGAGGGGGCCAGAAGGUGAGAUUAAUGAAAGAAGUCAUGGCACAGUACGCCAGUCAGGAGGAUCUGGUUAUCUUGUUUACUGAAUGUUUUGAUGUUGUAUUUGCUGGUGGGCCCGAAGAAGUCCUUAAAAAGUUUCAGAAGACAAAUCACAAAAUUGUCUUCGCUGCUGAUGCGAUUCUGUGGCCAGAUAAGCGGCUGGCAGAGAAGUACCCUGUAGUGCAUAUUGGUAAACGUUACCUGAAUUCAGGAGGCUUUAUUGGCUAUGCUCCAUACAUCAGCCAUUUGGUCCAGGAGUGGAAUCUGCAGGAUAAUGAUGAUGAUCAGCUCUUUUACACUAAAGUUUACAUCGAUCCAGUAAAGAGGGAAGCUUUUAACAUCACGUUGGAUCACAAAUGCAAAAUUUUCCAGGCCCUGAAUGGAGCUACAGAUGAAGUGGUUUUAAAAUUUGAAAAUGGUAAAAGCAGAGUGAAGAAUACAUUUUAUGAAACAUUGCCAGUGUUAAUUAACGGAAACGGGCCCACCAAAAUUCUCCUGAAUUACUUUGGAAACUAUGUUCCCAAUUCAUGGACACAGGAAAAUGGCUGUGCUCUUUGUGACUUUGACACAGUUGACUUGUCUGCAGUAGAUGUUCAUCCAAAGGUAACAAUAGGUGUUUUUAUUGAACAACCAACCCCCUUUUUACCUCGAUUCCUGGACUUACUGUUAUCACUGGAUUAUCCCAAAGAAGCACUUAAACUCUUCAUUCAUAACAAAGAAGUCUAUCAUGAAAAGGACAUCAAAGUGUUUUUUGAUAAAGCCAAGCAUGAGAUCAGCACCAUCAAAAUAGUAGGACCAGAAGAAAAUCUAAGUCAAGCAGAAGCCAGAAACAUGGGGAUGGAUUUCUGCCGUCAAGAUGAAAAGUGUGAUUACUACUUUAGUGUGGAUGCAGAUGUUGUUUUGACAAACCCGAGAACUUUAAAAAUUUUGAUUGAACAAAACAGGAAGAUCAUUGCUCCUCUGGUGACGCGUCAUGGAAAGUUGUGGUCCAACUUCUGGGGAGCAUUGAGUCCUGAUGGAUACUAUGCGCGCUCUGAAGAUUAUGUGGAUAUCGUUCAGGGGAAGAGAGUAGGAAUUUGGAAUGUCCCAUACAUGGCUAAUGUAUACUUAAUUCAAGGAAAGACACUCCGAUCGGAGAUGAGUGAAAGGAACUAUUUUGUUCGUGAUAAAUUGGAUCCUGAUAUGGCUCUUUGUCGAAAUGCUAGAGAAAUGACCUUACAAAGGGAAAAAGACUCCCCUACUCCGGAAACAAUCCAAAUGCUCAGGCCCCCAAAGGGUAUGUUUAUGUACAUUUCUAACAGACAUGAAUUUGGACGGCUGUUGUCAACUGCCAAUUACAAUACCUCCCAUUUCAACAAUGACCUCUGGCAGAUUUUUGAAAACCCUGUGGACUGGAAGGAAAAAUAUAUAAACCGUGAUUAUUCAAAGAUUUUCACUGAGAACAUAGUUGAGCAGCCUUGUCCAGAUGUCUUUUGGUUUCCUAUAUUUUCUGAAAGAGCCUGUGAUGAGUUGGUCGAAGAGAUGGAGCAUUAUGGCAAAUGGUCUGGCGGAAAGCAUCACGAUAGCCGUAUAUCUGGUGGUUAUGAAAAUGUCCCAACUGAUGAUAUUCAUAUGAAGCAAAUUGAUCUGGAGAAUGUUUGGCUUCACUUUAUCCGGGAGUUCAUUGCUCCAGUUACCCUGAAGGUCUUUGCAGGCUAUUACACAAAGGGAUUUGCACUACUGAAUUUUGUAGUAAAGUACUCACCUGAAAGACAGCGCUCGCUCCGUCCCCAUCAUGAUGCCUCAACAUUUACCAUCAACAUUGCUCUCAAUAAUGUAGGAGAGGAUUUUCAGGGAGGUGGAUGCAAAUUUCUAAGGUAUAAUUGCUCCAUUGAGUCCCCAAGAAAAGGCUGGAGCUUCAUGCAUCCUGGGAGACUUACACAUUUGCACGAAGGACUUCCUGUUAAAAAUGGAACAAGAUACAUUGCAGUGUCAUUUAUAGAUCCCUAAAUUAUUUACUUAACUGGAAUUGAAUCGGUCUUUGAGAUGGAUGACUGGCAUGAACAUGUCUUUGAAGUUGUGCUGAAGAGGAUGAGGAGAGGAAUGUUUAAAGGAUAUCAACAGAACAACUUCACUUUGGGUCAACCAUUUGAAAACUUUUUACAUAAAAUUGUUUGAUGUUUCUUAAUGUCUGCUCUGAGCCUUAAAACACAGAAGAAGAAGAGAAAGGAAAAAGAAAGUUAAAGUUUGUAUUUAUUUCUAUGCUUUAACUGUCUCUGAAAAUAAUGACAGCUUACAAAAUGUUUAGGUACAAAGGAAGGCAUGAAUGAUAAUAAGCCUAGUAAUAUUUUCCUAUUUAAAAAUCCCUGAGAUUUAUUUAUCAUUGUGGAGAAGUAUAGAAUAUGGUUAUAAAUGAAAAUCAGCAAGUCUGGAAACUUGGAAUUCUGAUGAUUAUUGAAUUUAUAUGUAAUUAUUAAGCCAUAUUGACCUCUGUGUAGGUCUGUUUUCAGUAAUUAGGAAGAAAACCCAAAGAAAAUAUUGCACAAAGGGUUUCCUCAAGACACUUAGUGCAAACAGCAAUAGGAGCAUAUCCAUGGGAAGUAUACUUAAUGUGUGAGGUGGAUAUUCCUUUCUGUUGGAAUGGACCCCUGUGUUCCUCCAGGGCAAGCUCUCAGGGGAAGCUCACAUGUCUUUCUGCUUUGCAGAGUGCUUAAGUCCAAGUGUCCUUAUGGCAAGCAGGAAUUUUGUUUCCUUUUGACCUUCCCCUCCCGCACAAUUCUAGAAAAUAGUGAGUAAAUAGAACAUGUUCAUUGAGAUUAGUAGUACAUUUUACAAUGUUUCUCAAAACUUCUUAAGUACUUGAAUUUUAUAUCAGGAAAAUGGUUUUCAAGCCUUGUUUCUUACCAUUUACUCUUAGUUGUUCUCUUCAUUAUUUUUUUUUCCCUGGGGGUUAUCUUUCUUUACUUCACCAUAAUCUUUUUUAUCAUUCUUUGGUCUUUUCUAUUGCUUUUCCUCUGCCCCACAUUUUAAAACUGUCCAGCAAAAUUUUGAUUCCAGUUUUUAAUAUUUCUCUGAAAGAAGUUUAAAUAUCUUUUGUGAUAGCUAUUGUUUUUGAUUUAAAGGUUAAACUUGAACAAAGUUCUUAUUCCUGGUGCCAAAAUUCAUUUUUCUAACUCUCUGUGUUAGAAAAAUGAUGAAAAAUAAAAUAAUUUAAAAUGAA